CCCACGAGGUGGCCUUCCUCUGUAGCCUGAUUCCUGUAAUGGCUGCUUCCUGUCCGGUAGCGUAAGAGUCCGGACCCGGGGAUCCUUAGCUUCUGUCGCUGCUGCCACUGCGCCGAGUACUCCUAGGGAAAGGUGCCUUAAGGGAAGCCUUGAUCGUGCCGCAGAAGGGACAGUGCCCGCACGUGGCCCGGUGCACAGCCGGCUCUCGACCCUAGCCUUGAUUAUUUUCCUUCAGCCUUCAAGAUCCAGGCAACAUGGCCUCCAUUGGCGAUGUCUCCCAAGUGUUCCUGGUCCUCCUUUCCUUGCUCUGUGUGCUGCCUGUGGUUGAAGCAGUAGAAGCCGGGGAUGGCAUAGCACUUCUGUUGGGCAUGUUUCUCAGCCUCACGGGCAUUUGUGCCUGUUUGGGGAUAUAUGCCAGAAAGAGAAAUGGACAGAUGUGACUUUGGUGGGGGAUGGGGUCUCCCAAGGCCAACAUGGACCUGAAAGCCUCUCUGUGUUUGAGAUUUCAAGCUGAGAAACCAGCUUCUUAAACGUCAAGGUCCAGAUAGUAAGCAAAUGGUUAUUUCCUAUUCCUUGGAAGAUGUUGCCUUAAAAUGUAAAAGCUGCUUUAUGUAAAAAUGGAAGGAGGGGUCAUUUUCUUCAUGUUCAGUAUAAGUCUGAUGGUUCAUCAAUGUGAAAAUUGGCCAAUAACCUGUAAGGGCUGAUAGGAAGGGGUGGAGGGUGCUGUCAGAGAAAUAAAGUAACUAUCAUUUAACCUAAGUGGUAUUCCAUGACUUCUGGAGUAACGAAGAUAUAGGAAAAAGGAACUACCUGUUUAAAAUUGUUGGAUGUCAGAUAUUUUCUGUACCCUAAUAUUAAGAAAAAUGCUACGCAAAGAGGAGUUGAGGAGUCCUUGUUCUGUAUUUAUAUAAAAAAAUUUGUCUAGUUUGUAACCCCAGAUAAAUACUACAGUUAAACAUAAAGUUCACCUAGUAGACAUUUGGAAGUUUAGAAAAUUCUUUCUUCAUAAGGAAUUUAGAAACACGUAUGUUACUACAUAUUUGCUGUUUAAAUAAAGGAAAGGUUUAAUGUUUAAAAAAAAGUUUUAUAUUGAUUACCAAGCACCUCUGUGAAACACAUUAAAAUAAACAUUAGACUGCUAUGCUA